AUGGCUACAAAUCCGGGCAACAAGGGCAAAGGUCAAGAGGCAGAUAGCGCAGUGCCCUCCUCAGUCAUUGCACAGGCAGAAGCUGCUAUUGCUGGCAGUUUUGAAGACGACGAGCCAGAGUCAAUAUCAAGACUGGCUUCAAUGAUACACAGACCGAAAUUCUCAAGAUCUAGUACACAACCCAGUACUCAUAGCCUUCAAUCAAACAGAGGAGCCGCUUCGAAACCACACCACCCCCAAGUCCCGACGGAAGACCCCCCAGAGUAUGGCGAAGACCAAGACCAGCUGGAACUUAGUCAGGAUGGCUUCGAUACGAAGGCAAAGGUAACAGACGAUGGUCGAGUAAACAUCAACAUCAAUCAGAAGACACGCAAGCUAUCAGAUCUACUUGUACCUGCGCUGAGGAAUCAACUGUCAUUGGUUGCGCACGAAAAGGAACAUCCUUUACCACCCGGAUAUAUUCCGCCGGCGCUUGGGGGGCUGCCCGGUCAAACCCCGCCCCCAAAACUUAAUGUGGUCAUGCAUGUAGUUGGGUCCAGAGGAGAUGUACAGCCAUUUCUAGCCCUCGGAAAGACACUAAAAGACACCUACGGUCACCGUGUCCGACUCGCAACACAUCCAACUUUCAAGGGCUUCGUCGAAGAAAAUAGGCUCGAGUUCUUCAGCAUUGGGGGUGACCCUUCUGAGCUGAUGGCUUUCAUGGUCAAGAACCCGGGACUGAUGCCCGGGCUCGACUCGUUGAAGAGUGGCGAUGUUGGCAAGAGAAGAAAAGGAAUGGAGGAAAUUGUGUUGGGCUGCUGGAGAUCAUGUAUCGAGGCUGGGGAUGGUCUCGGCGCUCCUCCUAACACAUCCAGUACUGCCGACUUUGGCGUCGAUGCUGGUAUCAACAUGGAUGCAAGCCCAGGUGACCGACCUUUUAUUGCCGAUGCUAUCAUCGCCAAUCCGCCGAGUUUUGCUCAUGUCCAUAUCGCUGAGAAAAUGGGCAUACCCCUCCACAUGAUGUUCACUAUGCCCUGGUCCCCCACACAACAAUUCCCUCACCCCCUCGCCAACAUUCAGUCUUCCAACGCAGAUGUAAACAUGACAAACUUCGUGUCAUAUGCUUUAGUAGAGAUGAUGACAUGGCAGGGUCUUGGAGAUGUCAUCAAUCGUUUCAGAGAGCGAGCUCUGGGUCUAGACCCGAUUAGUCUGAUUUGGGCUCCGGGUAUGCUGAGUCGCCUCCGAGUGCCAUAUACAUACUGUUGGUCACCUGCGCUUAUUCCAAAGCCAAAAGAUUGGGCACAGCAUAUUACGAUAUCAGGAUUCUACUUCUUGUCGCUAGCUUCUUCCUUUACACCUGAACCAGAACUUGUUGCGUACCUUGCUGCUGGGCCACCACCAGUCUACAUCGGAUUUGGAUCAAUUGUAGUUGACGACCCAGAUGCAAUGACUAAGCUCAUAUUCGACGCGGUGAAGAAAGCUGGUAUCAGAGCUCUGGUGUCCAAAGGCUGGGGCGGGCUCGGGGCCGAUGCUCUAGGGAUACCCGAAGGAGUUUUUAUGCUUGGUAAUGUACCCCACGAUUGGCUGUUCCAGCAUGUCUCAGCCGUUGUUCAUCAUGGAGGAGCUGGCACUACGGCUGCUGGCAUUUCCACUGGCAAGCCUACCGUGGUUGUCCCCUUCUUCGGCGACCAACCCUUCUGGGGUGCAAUGGUUGCUCGUGCAGGAGCAGGACCAGUCCCGAUCCCAUACAAGCAGCUUACCUCCGAUAAGUUAGCUGCAGCCAUUACCGAAGCUCUCAAACCAGAAACUUUGGAGAGAGCAAAAGAUCUGGGGGCGAAGAUCAAGCAAGAGAAAGGUUGCGAGACUGGUGGAAAGGCCUUUCACGAUAUGCUGGAUGUUGAUCAAUUACGAUGCUCUCUUGCGCCUAGCAGAGUUGCAGUGUGGCGAGUCAAGCGUACCCAGACUCGCCUCAGUGCUCUGGCCGCAAACAUUCUUGCAAGUGAAGGACUGGUUGACUUUGGGCACCUGAAGCUGUAUCGUCCACGAGAAUACGAGACAGAGGAAGGUCCCUGGGAUCCUAUUUCAGGCGGUGCAUCUGCUCUCUUGGGGACCAUUGCCAGUCUUGGAAUGGGUGUCGCGGAUUUUCCCAUCGAAAUCUUUCGGACAGUCAAGAAGGCGAAUCUGAAGCGAGCAGAGACAGUAGAUGUGAAUAGCGCUACCGUCCCAAAAGGGACAGAGCCCAGCUCCAGCUUAGAUACAUCUUCAGCAUCCGAAUCCGAAAAGCAGUCUCAUACGCAAGUCGAUAUGGGCUUGCAAAAGACACCAAGCGGAAACGAUAGAAACUCGCGGCAUGGAUCUACCCUGACAACGACUACGACCACGAAGACCUCUGGCGAAAGCGCCACGCAGUCCUUGACUGAUGCUCCAAGAGCUGGCACCCCUCUGACUAGCGCAACAUCCGGCGGAAGCUCGCUAAAGCAAGCCCUCCAAGGGACGCUCUCGAGGAAAGGCUCUCGAUCGUUUUCGAGGGUUCAAGCUUGUCCACUGUCGCGAUCCAAUUCCAAGGACUGUAGUCCGGACUCGCGAUCCAGCUCGCCGUUCGGCCACCAUCGCAGAGAAACAGAGGAAUUUGAUCCUAGCAAGCUAACACUGGAGAACGCCACUCGAGCCGGAAAGGGAAUAUCUCGAAUCGUAGGCGCUGGCUUGAAGUCACCUAUGGAUUUCACACUGGGAAUUGCACGCGGCUUCCACAAUGCGCCAAAGCUUUACGGAGAUGACACCGUGCGCCCCCAAGAGAAGGUCACCGACUUCCAGAGUGGACUGAAGGCUGCCGGAAAGGAAUUCGGAUAUGGAUUGUUCGAUGGGAUUACAGGCUUGGUAACACAACCUCUCAAAGGUGCCGAGAAAGAAGGUGCUGUCGGUCUUGUCAAGGGGAUGGGAAAGGGUAUUGGAGGGCUCAUCCUCAAGCCAGGCGCAGCUAUCUGGGGAAUUCCGGGCUACACAUUCAUGGGGAUUCACAGAGAGGUUCGAAAACUGUUCGGAUCCAGUGUUCUGAACUACAUCAUCUCAGCGCGUACUGCCCAAGGUUACGAAGACGCCCAAGCAUCAACGCCUGCUGAACGUGCCGACAUCAUAACCCGAUGGCGCGAGCACAAAGACGAGUAUCAGAGCGCGAAGAUGAAGCUUCAAGAAACAGGGCCGCUGGAUGGCGAAGAAUGCAGAUGUCUCACGCCUAAAGGAUUUAUGCAGACUCGACACAUGACCUUCGAUGAAAGAAAGAAGCUCCAUGAAGACCGCAAAGCCCGUCGCAAGAUAUUCGAAGAGGGAGCAUCCGGCUACAAACAUUGCCCUUCCUGUCGCCGAGACACCAGCCAGAGUCACAAGCCUCGUGCCGAACAGACCACUCCCAUGGCCAUCCAGCAGCCAGAUACAGAUCAGAAUGAACAAUUCGAACACGCAAUUCGUGAGUCAGUGGCCGCGACCUCUUGCGGUAACGUUGAAGAGGAUAUGACGAUUGAGCGUGCUAUUCGCGCGAGUGUCCGGGAGCUACAGAGCGCGCAAGGCUCGACCUGGCCCUGGACGAACCAGGAAGCUCUCAAUAGGGCAAUCCAAGCCAGCAUCUUGUCAGCUGGUAGGCUAAAUUCGCAUCCCGAGGGGGACACGAGCCAGCCGAUCACCGUAACUGAAGAUGAGGCUGAAUAUCAGGCUGCCUUGGAGAAAGCGAUUCAAGCCAGUUUGUCACAUGCCUCACCAGACCAUGAUGCUGAAGACGAGGAUCUCAAGCUCGCCAUCCAGAUGUCCAAGCACGAGGCUCCCCAAUUUGAUGAGGACAGUGAGUUGAAACUCGCUCUGCAGAACAGUAAAGAAGACUCGGCAAGGGCUAAGACGGAAGAGGAAAUUGUAUUAGAUUACGUAAAGAAGCAGAGUCUCCUAGAAGAGGAGCAUAAAAAGGCGGUUGAAGCCAAACAGAAAGACAUUCCUGCAGCACAGGAACACGAUAAUGAGCCGAUGAGUAAAGCUGACGAGGAGGCUUUGAGGAAGGCGAUCGAGGAGAGCAUGAAGAGCAUUGAAGAUGCUCAGGUCUCGGGAUCGGGGCACUGA